AUGAAUGCUUCCAAUGCCAACAUUAAUAAUAGCUCAUUAACAGGAGGAUUUCUUCUCACAGCUACUGAUGCUCUUGGAACAAAGACUUAUCGAGUGAUAAUCUUUUCUUUAAUUUAUGUAAUUACCCUACUAGGUAAUGGUACCGUCUUAUUCAUAGUUUUCUUUGAUAAAAGUCUCCAUACUCCUAAGCAUCUUUCCAUUUGUCACCUAGCUUUAGUGGACAUUGGCUUGAACACUGCUUUUAUCCCUCAAGUAGUUUCUGUUCUAAUUUUUACAGUGAAUUUUAUUUCAUUUGAGGGCUGUUUCUCUCAGAUGUUCUUUAUACACUUUUUUGGUGACAUGGGAUCCUUUUCCCUUGCUAUUUUGGCUUAUGAUCGCCUCAUUGCCAUAUGUUUUCCACUUCACUAUUCCACUAUAAAUACAAAUUUCCGUAUGAUUCUCAUUAUUGCUGGAACUUGGAUUGUAGUUUUCUGCUUGGAUAUGUAUCAGGUAUUGGAGGCUGCAAAACUGCCUUAUUGUAGCUCACGGAUUAUCAGGGGUGGUUGCUGUGAACAUGGUCUUGUAUAUGUGUUAGCAUGCAUAGAUACUUCUUUUAAUAGAAGGCUUGGAACUGCUAAAACACUUCUUGUUUUACUUUGUCCAUUGUGUUUUAUCUUAAGUACAUAUGUUAUUAUUUUGGUUAUUGUGUUAAAAAUUGCUUCUGUAGAGCAGCGACAAAAAGCCUUUCAAACAUGUUUAUCUCAUCUGCUUUUUGUAUGUGUUUAUUACCUUCCCAUCAUGUUAGCAUAUAUUAUUGCAAAUCUACAUUUAGUAAUAUCUGUUGAUGUGUUGACAUCGUUACUUACACUGAUUAUUAUUUUGCCACCUAUGUUAAAUCCAAUAAUUUACUGGUUCAACACUGAAGAACUGAAAGAAAAAAUAUUAAAUGUUCUUAAAAGAAAUAAAACAUUUCCAAGAUGA